CACACAGGCGUCCUUUUAGCGCGCGCUCAAGCCAAGCCUGCAGACGGCUCUCAUAGGGAGAGACCGGCUCAAAGACUGCAUUUCGCAGCUGUCAGGGGAAGGUUAGGGGAAGUCACAUCCACAGCACUUCCACGCGUGCCGUGGGUGGAAAACGGUGUAUCGGUCGGAUGACUUCUUGCACUCAUAGAUGUUUUCCCCCUCACUUAUUUUCUGAGCACAAUCUGCGUCUGAGUGAGAUUUUCUCCGAAUGAACAGUCAUGGGAGAGUGGACCAUAUUGGAGCGUCUCUUGGAGGCGGCAGUCCAGCAGCACUCGACUAUGAUCGGAAGGAUCCUGCUGACAGUGGUGGUGAUUUUUCGUAUUCUGAUCGUGGCAAUAGUUGGAGAGACGGUGUACAACGAUGAGCAGUCCAUGUUUGUGUGUAACACCUUACAGCCAGGCUGUAACCAGGCUUGUUAUGACAAAGCUUUCCCCAUCUCUCACAUCAGGUACUGGGUGUUCCAGAUCAUUAUGGUCUGCUGCCCCAGCCUUUGCUUUAUCACCUAUUCUGUCCACCAGUCUGCAAAGCAGAAGGAGCGGCGCUUCUCUACAGUUUACCUUUCCCUAGACAAGGAGCAGGACUCCAUGAAGAGAGAUGACAGCAAGAAGAUGAAGAACACUAUUGUGAAUGGGGUGGUACAAAACACAGAGAACACCAGCAAGGAGGCCGAGCCUGAUUGCCUUGAGGUCAAGGACAUCCCCAAUUCAGUCCUGCGAACUACAAAGUCCAAAAUGCGAAGGCAGGAAGGUAUAUCGAGGUUCUACAUCAUCCAGGUGGUGUUCAGAAAUGCAUUGGAGAUAGGAUUUCUCGUGGGUCAAUAUUUCCUGUAUGGAUUCAAUGUCCCCGCAGUGUAUGAGUGCGAUCGGUACCCUUGCAUAAAAGAUGUCGAGUGUUACGUUUCCAGGCCAACGGAGAAGACGGUGUUUUUGGUCUUCAUGUUUGCAGUCAGUGGCAUUUGUGUGGUGCUCAACUUGGCAGAGCUCAACCACCUAGGGUGGAGGAAGAUCAAAGCUGCCGUGAGAGGAGUGCGAGCCAGAAGGAAGUCUAUUUAUGAAAUCCGCAACAAAGACUUGACAAGGAUGAGUAUGCCCAACUUUGGACGCACUCAGUCCAGUGACUCUGCAUAUGUGUAAAUAUUUGUAACACAAAAAAGCUGCAGGACAGCGGUGUAGAAAUUAGCGCAACUUGAAUAUUAAGAUGCAAUAAAUAAUAAAGAAACAUACGCUACUCUUCUUAAGGUAAGAAAUGGCAGUAAUACUACCAUGGGAGCUUGUAUUUCACACAAUAUCUAAGCGGUGGUGGUUCUAGCCUGUUUUUAGCAGGGUGGCCAGACUGGGUUCCUGGGUUUUUACAAGGCGGCAGGAUGACAAUCAUCAAGGGGGGGUUGCUAUGUCCAGAAAGAACAUUUUGACUGACAAGCCAGUCACAUCCUAUCCAUUUUGUUCCCUAGAACCGCCACUGCAUCAAGGGACCUUUGUCUCGGACUGGACUUUCCCACGAGACCGGCCGACGUAGCUCAUGCACGUACACUAGUAUAUGGAUGUAGCUUACUAACAAACUCAUAAGCCAGAAGGACAUUCCCAGACAUUCCUCAUAUUGCUGUGGUCAAGCUGUCAUCACAAUGCAACAAACUGAGUAAAGACACACAUGUAUACAGACUAGAUUAUGGAUCAAAACCUUUUCUUUCCAGCCACUUCAUCGCUUUGGAUGCCUGUGCUUGCACCACUGGCUUUAACUGGAGGUCUCCCUCCGUGUGUGUGUGUUUUUUUAAUCACACCUAAGCGCCCUAUGUAUGUAUGUAUGUAUGUAUGUAUGUAUUUGUUUGUUUGUUUAUCAGCAUCAAGUGCCAUACAAGUACAGUACAUCAUGAACACGGUGUAUUCAUAUAACCUCUGAAAUAAAACAGGCAACGUAGCUUAAGAAAUGCAUAUCAUACAUGACUCACAGGGUUUAUCAGCAGCGCUUUUGGUAAAACCACAAAGUAUUUUUCAAAGGAGUCUGAAUUCGGACUGCCUGCAUGGGUUUCUCCAGGUAGUCCGGUUUUCUCCCACAUUCCGAAAAUAUGCAUGUUAGGUGAACAAAAGGUUAACUCGUGAAAAGGUGUGGCUGUUGCUAUGAAUGAUUGUUUGCUUAUAUGUUUGUUGGUUUGUUUGUGAAAAUGGUUGAAGAUGAUGUGAUUAUGGGUCAAGACAUGUUAUUA